CAUUCCUCUAGAUCUCUACUCAUUCUCGUGUUACUGUCAUCACUAGAAGGCCUACUAUGGCAAGCGAAGAUUUGCUCAAACUUCUGGAGGCCCAUGGCCAGCAAUUCCUCCAUUCCUUUGACUCUCCGGUGGUCAUCGGAAAGCGCAAGGAUACGAGCCAGUUCGGCUCAGACCGGAAGCAAAAGAAGUCGAAGAAAGCGAAGGUCGUGGAGGAGUCUGAAGAGGAAGCGGAGGAGGAAGAGUGGACUGGGUUCGGAAACGACUCGAGCAGCGGAGAAGAGGAGAGCGAGGAUCCCUCAUCCGGGGAGAGUGAUGGGGAGAGUGACGAGCAGGACGCGGAAGGCUCAGGGCCGGAAGAUGACGACGAUGGCUUCCGGUACGACAACCAGACACAGAGUUCACGCCGACUGCCGGACGUUGUGGUGUUCUCGGAAGCAGGGGGAUCUGCUCUGAUACCGAAGAAAUCCAAGUCAGGUUUCAUGUCGUCCAAGGUAUCCAAACUGACCGAAGACGUCGCACAACCACAAAAGAAGAAAAGCGGCACCGCUGAAGAGGAAGAUGACAUGACGAAUGCGCAAAACGACGCGCUCCUGCACCGCCUAGUGCACACCAAGCUGCUCUCCGGGUCGCUCAACCCCGACCUCGAUCUAAAGCCCGCACAGCGCAAGAAGGCGCUCGAGGGCCGUGUCCUCGAGGCAGCGGGCAAGGCGAAGCUCGGGAAGGGUGAGGCGAUCGUCCGGCACGCGGAGCGAAACCGCGCGGCGAAGCACGUCCGGGACGGCCUCCUGGACAAGCAGAGGGAGCGUCAUGAGAAGAAGAUUGAGGAGGCAAAGCAAUUGGGGAACUACCACCCUACGCUGAAACCGUUGUAUGACGCCGAGGCGGCAGAGCUGGUGAAGCCUAAGAACAACAAGCGAGAGAAGGGGCUGAGGAUGGGUGUCGGGUCGUUCAAGGAUGGUAUCCUGCGACUGGGCAAGAAUGAGAUUGGCGCUAUCGAGGCUUCGGGCCGGGUGCUCUUUCUCCGCAUCGCCUUCGAGUCUGUAUCAUGA